UUAUGUCUUUGUUUCCUUCUCCGUAGGCCAUAGAUAAAUAGGAAGAAAAUAGUAGAAACCAGACAAAAAUAAAGUCUUCAUAAAUGGAUUCUCAUAAUCCUUUUACAUCUUUUCUUUCUCGAAUUCUCAGCUCACCUUGUCGACAUACAUUCCUGUUCAUCCACUCUCUCAGAUUCACCUUCUCUAAGAUUAAGACAAUAUAAGAGGAGAGUAUAUCACAAAAUUAAGGAAUUGAUGGGGCAUUUAUCCUCUAUGUUCAAUGGUUUGGCAAGAUCAUUUUCACUGAAGAAAGGAAGAAAUUCUGUGAGAUGUGAAAGGAGAGAAGCUGUUGAAGCAAUGGCAAAAGAAGCUAAGAAAAAUGACUUGAUUUUGUGUAGCUCUGGCACUGUUAAUGUUGAUGGUUCAAACAACUUUGCCUCAAUUUUCUCCAAAAGAGGUCAGAAAGGAACCAAUCAAGAUUGUUGCAUAGUGUGGGAGGAAUUUGGAUGCCAAGAGGACAUGAUAUUUUGCGGUAUAUUUGAUGGACAUGGGCCAUGGGGUCACUUUGUAGCCAAAAGAGUAAGAGAGUCAAUGCCAAGGUCUUUGCUAUGCAAUUGGCAAGAGACGCUUGCUGCACAAUCUUCAUCACUUGAUGAUCAUGUAAAGGAUACUGAUCAUGUUAAGACAGCUGCAGACAACAAGCAACAAAGAUUCAAUAUAUGGAAGCACUCUUACUUGAAGACUUGUGCUUCCAUAGAUCAAGAACUUGAGCAUUGUCGAAAGUUUGACUCGUUUUACAGUGGAACAACUGCCCUCUCAGUUGUUAGACAGGGGGAAACGGUUUUCAUAGCAAAUGUUGGUGACUCUCGUGCAGUAUUAGCUACAACAUCUGAUGAUGAUGGAAGUUUGGUAGCAGUGCAAUUAACAGUUGAUUUCAAGCCAAAUUUACCUCAAGAGGAAGAGAGAAUAAUUCAGUGUCAAGGGCGUGUGUUCUGUUUACACGAUGAACCAGGAACGCAUAGGGUGUGGUUACCAGAUGUAGAGUCUCCUGGACUUGCCAUGUCAAGGGCUUUUGGAGAUUAUUGUAUUAAAGAUUAUGGUCUUAUUUCAGUGCCUGAGGUGACUCAGAGGAAUAUAAGUAGUAAAGACCAGUUUAUUGUGCUUGCCACUGAUGGGGUUUGGGAUGUGAUCUCCAAUCAAGAAGCAGUAGACAUUGUAUCUUCAACACCAGACAAAGCAAAAUCAGCUAAACGUUUGGUAGAAUGUGCAGUACAUGCAUGGAAGCGCAAGAGAAGGGGUAUUGCCAUUGAUGAUAUUUCUGCUAUUUGUCUCUUUUUGCACUCUCCCAUUUCCUCUGAGCAAGAUAGCCCAAUUGAUACUGUUAAAUAGACUAUCAUGUAAGCCCAACUUCAUGAUGUUGGGUUCAUGUAACCUUUGGUCCAGUUAGGGUAGAAUGAUGAAGACUAUUAUUUUUUCCA